GAGGAGCUCUGAGUCACGAGCUGACAGACACAGCUGACCACCCUGAGUGCUUGGCACACGCUCCCAUCGCAUCAAGUCCAAAAGUAUCCUACGCACCAUGGCAUCGGACGAAUUGGCGAGGAAACUGCAGCCCAGGAUGGCCGAGCAGGCUCCCCAAUUCAACCCGUGUGCACCAGAGGAGACCCCGGUGAAACCGAGCGACUCUGUCCCUGAGCCGCAGGAAAAAGCGGUGGUGGUCAUUGUCAAUGAUGCCACAUCGGAACUCACGGCGAAACUCACCCGGAGACUGGACAUCAACGAUGGGAACGCGGCGCCCAAGCAAGCCAAGGUAUUCAACCCCUACACGGAAUUCAAAGAAUUCUCCCGCAAACAGAUCAAAGAGAUGGAGAACAUUUUCAAACGGUUUGACAGUGGUAAGGACGGCUUCAUAGACCUGAUGGAGCUGAAGCUGAUGAUGGAGAAGCUGGGAGCUCCUCAGACCCACCUGGGCCUCAAGAACAUGAUCAGGGAGGUGGAUGAGGACAUCGAUGGCAAGCUGAGCUACAGAGAGUUCCUGCUGAUUUUCAGGCGAGCAGCGGCAGGCGAGCUGCAGGAGGAGAGCGGUCUGGUGGCUCUGGCCAGACUGUCUGAGAUAGACGUCUCCACAGAGGGAGUCAUGGGGGCACGGGACUUCUUUGAGGCUAAGGUACAAGCUCUAAAGGUGGGCAGUAAGUUUGAGGCUGAGAUCCGAGAGGAGCAGGAGGAAAUGAAGAGGCAGGCGCUUGAUAGGAAACAGAGACGGGCUGCCUUCAAAGAGCUGCAAUCUGCCUUCUGCUCAUAAUACAGUGCACAGACACUGAAACACGCGCACACUGAAACACGCGCACACUGAAACACGCGCACACUGAAACACGCGCACACACUGAAACACGCGCACACACUGAAACACGCGCACACACUGAAACACGCGCACACACUGAAACACGCGCACACACUGAAACACGCGCACACACUGAAACACGCGCACACACUGAAACACGCGCACACACUGAAACACACACACACACUGAAACACACACACUGAAACACACACACACACUGAAACACACACAAACAAAAACAUGCAUGACCAUGCUCAUACUCACUUGCACAUUAAGGGAGGUUUUAAAGUAGUUCCAUAACUUCCCUGAAUACACACAUAAUAAUAUUUGAUUGAAUAAUGAAAGUUUGAUAUUAAGGUUAUUGUUAUGAUAUGACUGUUGUGAUUUAUUGUUAUUAUUGUUCUGAUUAACAUGAUUGUAUUAGCUAUUAUACACAAUAUUCUCACUUAGUUUAAAACAGUGAGGUCAUACCUAUUUUAAGAAAAUAGAUUUUUCUAUUUCCCAUCAAUAAUUAUAUUGUUUGAUGUACAUUACAGAAAAGGUUAUGUGGAUCAAUGUAUUGACCAAUUGAUGUGUAGAAGGCAAAGGAAUGUUAAAAUACCCGUGUCCAAAAAAAGUCGCUAGCCACCUUUUUUUUCUGUUGAAACCUUUAAAAAUCACUGAAUAUACGUGUUUACUAUUGGCAUAUUAUAGGUGGUGCUGUUAUAUUGAAUAUUGACCUGUAAUCUAGGUUUGUUUAAUUUCUAGAAACAUACCAUCAUGUAACACUGUAGCAUUAUGUUGUCUUGUGUCCCGAAAUAAAAGGAAAUGGAUGAAUUGUAUUUUUCCAUAAAUAAAACAAUGGUAACCACA